AUGUCAGCUACUGCUAGUAUCACUGCACCGGUUCAAUUAUGUCGAAGGUUGUUUGGUGAACCUGUAUCAUGUAUACGUAUUCAGCAAACUUUGGAGACAAUUAUACGUAAAGAUUUAGACCGUUUCCAAAAUAAAUGGAACUUUCAACCACCCAAUAUUGUAUCAGAGAACAAAAUUCGGAAACCACUUUCUGUACAUCAAUUACAUAUUGGAAAUUUACGGAAGAAUUCUACAAAUGAAUUCAUUUUAGAACCUGUCCAAUCACCUCCAAGUUUCUAUAUAAAAUCUCCGCGUAAAUUAAAAGCAUUUCGACGUCUUCCAGUGUCAGUAGCGCAAAAAACACGCAUGGAACUCUAUAAAAAGUCUACAAAUAGUGAACUCAGAAAUUUCACUUAUUCGUUUAAUUCAUCAUAUAACCUAUCUAAUACUGAUACUUUACUAAAUGAUAAUCAGAAAUCUGAAAUGAACUUUCCUUCAACGACAGAGUCAACUAUCUCAAUAACUCUGAAUCAAUCAUCGCCAACAUCAUCAUCAACACCAUACAAAUUCGGCAACAUAUCACAAGUUACUGAAAAGUUAUCAGAAAUAACGACAACGUUACCUGUGAAUCCAAUUAUUAUCCGUUCAGAUAAUAGUAGUAAUAAUACAAUGUUACCAUCAAGUUCGAAUCCCUGUUCUCAACAUUCAGUUAAACUGAUAAGACCUGAUCGAUUAAGUUUAAAGAAAUCUGGGCCUAAAGUAACAGAUUAUUUUGCUAAAGAAACAAAAACAAUAAAGAAGAUCAAUUCGUUGAAUAAUGAGAAUGCAUUUGAAAAAUUGGAUAAUAACUUUUUUUUCAAUGAUUUAAUGGAACAAUCAUUAAAUAAUUUUUAA